AUGAUGGGAAGAUGCUCCUCCAGGAGACCAAUGCUUGUGCAUCAUAUCAUGUUCAUUGCCAUGAAUGCCUGCUUCCGCCUCAACGACCAAACGAGCUUCGAGACCCUGGUCUUGGAACGGCAGGAGGUAACCGGUCUUGCGGCUCUGGACCGUGCAAAUUCCAAGUUCUCCCGAGGCUAUAGUGUUACUGGUGUUGGUAUGGGGGUUUGCGCAAGGGACGAAUUCGUGCUUCCUAAUGGUGUAGGUGAUUUGCAAGCGGGCGAGCGCUACAGCAACCUGGACUGCAUCUUCGCUUCCUUCAUGCGCCGCUUGAACUCCAGACUCCCCAAGUUAAUCUCCUACGACAUCGUCUGGCAAAAUGCACAUCAAAGGUCACUUGAUCCAGUGCCAAAUCCUGUUUUCUCUACUUUACAUUCUCGGUUCGGGCAAGCACACGCGUCUGUGGACCUGGCGCUCGAUGGGAUCAACUCGACGACUUGGAACUGGAUGAAGACCCUUGGACCGGCGCUGUUAUUACUGGACAUGGCAGCGGAAGAGUGGGCGAAGCAAGAACAAGACAUUGACUUUAGGCGACAACUUCGUGCCCAAUCUCUCUGA